AUGAUUUCUCAUAUGACGUCUCAAGAGCAAACACCCAUGGUCAUCCAGCGCCGUCCGCUAAACACCUCACCAUCAGCCCGCCUAAACUCCUACAACCACCACGCAUUGGCACCGUGGCUCGCAGAGACAGGCUAUCUCACUCCUUCGUAUCUAGCCCGAAGAGAGCAAGAAAUCGCGCCGUUCAACAUGGGUCGCUGGUUGACCCCGCAAAUUCAGGAGUGCAUGCUGAACCAGCCUGCCACGAUCCAACACUUUACCAAAGAUGAGGUCCGCCAACUUCUAGAAGUUGCAGCGGAGCUCAACUUUGAUACGGCGAAAGCUGAGAAGAGUGACGGGUUGAGUGAGCUUGCAGCAGAGAUGGAACAGAAGACCAAGGGUCACCCGGACGCAACAUCGGCUGGGUACUUCAUUCGUACAAGUCACUGCAGCCCCAAAGACGCCGAUGGAGGAAAUCUUCAACCUGUUAACAACAUUCGCGAAGCACUAGUGAAGCUUGUUUCUUCGAAGCGGACCGUCCAGGCACUUCUGAGCCUCUUCUAUCAACUUAGCCAGGACGCGAAUUCUCCCGAUAACCAGCUCUACUUCUUCCCAUAUUACACCGACCUCGACCGCUUGAGCGAGUGGCGAUGCUACGUCAAGGAAGGCCGCAUCGUCGCCAUCAGCCAGAGCAGAUUCUAUCAGCCAAAUCACGGUGGUAUCACAGACGAGAUGCUGGGUAGGCUGGCUACUCAGGCCCGUCACCUGUGGUCGCGAAUCGCACCUGAUCUGAACUUCAAGAGCUGCAUCCUAGACGUCUACGCAGAGGUCCUCGAUUCCGAGUUUGAGGUGAAGCUCAUUGAGAUUAAUCCCUGGGGCGCACACUCCGGUUCAGGCAGUUUACUCUUUCACUGGCUCGAUGACGCGGAUAUCCUUGAUCCUCGACAGCCCGAUGGCACGACUGCGAUAAGAUUGGUUGAAUGCGGCGAGGCAAAAGCCCUUACGCGUGAUGAGGCGUUUCAGAUUGGUCGAGGUGGGAUUAUUGAGGACGAGCUUCGAUGUUUGCGGGAGAGAGGGCUUGAGUGGGUUCUGGAGGAUGAUAGACAUGCUGAGUUUAUGGGCUUGCCGGUGCCGGAUGGGCAGUCUGGGCUUACGACGAGGAAAGAUGGUCUUGAAAUCUUUCGGAAAGGAUUGGAUGGGGAUGUUAUGGGGGUAAAACCCAGAAACCACCCACGAUUUCUGAAGUUGAAAAGGGUGUAUGAAGCAAAUCGCUGA